CCAAGUGGCUUGUUCCGGUAUUACAAUGCCUGUUCAGUGACAGGUCACAUGACUUCGCUGACCCAAAACACUGCAAGCUCGCUGUAAUAAACUGCCGGAAAAGACAAGUCGGGUUAAUUAGGCGUUUUAAAUCGAAGUAAAUGACCUAAUAAUGAUUUGUGUGCGUUGUUUUUUGAAGUUAAAAGUAAUUUCUGGACUCACAUGAUAUUACGGGGGUGCUCAAAGCGCGCCUGUUCAAAAAUGUGGCUGCCAUUACUUAGUGCGGUGUUGCUAGCAGCUGCUUUUUACAUCACAACAACGUCCUCCUCUUCAGGCAACACGUGUGUUUCUAGAAGCUUCGGCCAUGACUCGGUGGUGUGUGAGUGUAAUUCCACGUACUGUGACAGCGUGGGCUCCGUGGUGCUCCCACCGGUGGGUCACUACGCGUCCUACCUGAGCAGCAGGCAGGGCAGCCGGCUAGAUGCCAGCCAAGCUCCCGUCAGGCUCAACAGCACCGGGGGCCUGAGACUGACUCUCCUUCCAUACAAGAAGUAUCAGACAAUAAGAGGAUUUGGUGGAGCUCUGACAGAUGCAGCGGCCAUGAACAUCCUCUCGCUUUCUGCUGGAGCACAGGACCAGCUGCUGAGACAGUACUUUUCCACUGAAGGUAUCGGCUACACCGUUGUACGUGUUCCAAUGGCCAGCUGUGAUUUUUCCACUCGUCUGUACACCUACGCUGACACAGUUGGGGACUACAACCUGGAUAAUUUUACACUAACCCCUGAGGAUGUAAACAUGAAGAUCCCUCUCCUACGUCGUGCCCAAGCCAUGUCUCCACGUCCCUUGUCUCUGCUGGCCAGUGCCUGGAGCGCCCCCGCCUGGAUGAAAACAAAUGGUGCACUGAUAGGAAAAGGUUCUUUGAAGGGACAGCCAGGCGGGAAGGAGCAUAAAACCUGGGCUCAGUACUAUGUCAGGUUCCUUGAGGAAUAUUCCAAGUAUAAUUUGACAUUCUGGGCCGUGACCACAGGGAACGAACCCACAGCAGGCCUGAUGACAAACUACAGUUUCCAGGCCCUGGGUUUCACUCCCGAGGAGCAGAGGGACUGGGUGGCCUUGGACCUGGGCCCCGCCCUUCACGCGUCCUCAUUCCCGCACACGCACGUCCUCUUGAUGGACGACAACCGCCAGCUGUUGCCUUACUGGGCCAAAGUGGUCCUGGGUGAUAUCCAUGCAGGACGUUACAUCCACGGCGUGGCGGUCCACUGGUACUUGGACAGAUUGUUCCCGGCCGCGCCCACCCUGGGGGCGACCCACGCCUUGUACCCGGAGUAUUACCUGUUUGGCACCGAGGCCUGCGCGGGCUGGACGGCGCUGGACCGUGGCGUGAUGCUGGGCAGCUGGCAGAGGGCGGAACAAUACGCUCACGACAUCUUGGACGACUUAAACCAUCACGUGACAGGCUGGACUGACUGGAACCUGGCACUGGACCAGACAGGCGGCCCAAACUGGGUGAAGAAUUUUGUCGACAGCCCCGUCAUCGUGGACGCCCAGCGUGACGUCUUCUUCAAGCAGCCCACCUUUUACAGCAUGGCCCACUUCAGUAAGUUCCUGCACGAGGGCUCUCAGAGAGUGGGCGUGUCCCCCAGCGGGGAGACGGGGCUGGAAUUCUCCGCCUUCAUUCGACCCGACGGCGCAGUCGUGCUCAUCGUACUCAACAGGUCGUCUGCGGACGUCCCGUUUGAAGUGUGGGACCAGACUGUGGGCUACGUUCCCUCCACGGCGCCACCGCACUCCUUACUCACACUAGCCUGGCACACGCAGGGAUUCAACCCGUAAUUUUGUUUUUCACCAAAAGUGUCAUCCAUUAUAAUAUUUAUUGGAAUAUUGUAAGAAGAGUGUGUAGUUGUGUGAGGUGAAACGUGUACAAUUAUGAGACUACUUUAGUAGCAUUCCAACAAAAAAGUCAACAUGAAAUUGUGAAAAUAAAGUCAUAUUUUGUCAGGGGAAACCCUAAAGUGUAUAAAAGAUUGAAUAUUUUAUAGCAAACAGUUGAAAUAUUGUAGGAAUAAAGUCACUCCAAACUCAUUUUAGAUCGGGGGCCACAUAGAGAAAAAUCUACUCCCAAGGGGCCAGACUGGUAAAAUCACGGCACGAUAACUUAAAAAUAAAGACAACUUCAGAUUGUUUUCUUUGUUUAAAAUAGAACAAGCACAUUCUGAAAAUGCACAAAUCAUAAUGUUGUUGUUAAUAGUAUUCAAUCUUUAUUUGUCGUUAUCUAUACUUUCUGAAUAAAUUAUGUGAUAAUGUUCAUUGGUCAACUCAUUGGUGUUAAUUUUUAAUCUAUCAAGAUAAAAAAAUAUCAAAAUCAAAUUACAGGAUGUUAUUUAUGUAGUUUGAUCAUUUUCCUCGACUGGUGCACUAACAUCAUGUGGUUAAAUUUUUUUUUUUUACAAAUGUAGCAUAAUCUACAAAGAUACAAAUAAUUGCUAAUGUGACAUCUAGUGGACACAUUUAGAACAGCAAUUUUUUUUCAUUCCAAAAUUUUGGCUAAUUUUUAUACUUGGCAAGCUCAUCCCUCGGGCCGGAUAAAACCUAUCAGGGCCGCACGUUUGACACCCCUGCCCUAUGUCAUAAAUAAAGGCGAAACAUGAAAAUAACUUCUUGAGAAAGAAGUCAUGAUUUUAUGAGAGUAAAUUUGUAUGACAAGAAAGAAGGAAGCUGUAAUGUUAUGAGAAUACAGGUGUAAUAUUACUAGAAAAAUUAUAGAUUGCUAGAAUUUUCGCAUGAAAAAAGGCACGAGAAAUUGAAAAAAAAUGUAAUAUGACAAUAAAGCUGGAAGUGUUUUAUAUUGGUCAAUAUCGAUAAUUAUUGAUAUUUUUUAAUGACUUAGGGAAAAUAAUGAGCAGGAGAAAAUAUUUUAAAGGUAAACAUUUUUAUUUCAAAUGUAACCUUCCUGAUUAUAAUCCCCUCAGCUAUCAAGAUAGAAAGGAAAGGAAAUGUCAAGCAUGGAAAACACUCAAUGUAAAUAAAAUAGUAAAAUCCCAUUGAACAGUUAACAAUAACCUCUCAAACAGAAGGUGCAAAAAUAAGAAAUGCUUAAUAAAAUGUAACAAAAUAGUGUAAAAAUGUAAUCAGAGAAACAUGAGACAAACUGUUUUCUGUUAGAGCUGUGCUCUAAAGGGUGAGCGCGGAUAAGGUGGCGUGGUAUUAGCAGUCUUGGUGGGGACAAGCGCCUUGCAUCAUUUAUUGUCUGACUACGGUCCGUUUAAAAAAAAUCCCCAAAAACUGCCAUACUGUUGAGGUGACUUUUCCUCUUUUAUUCACAAUUUCUUCAUUUUUACUUUCCCUUCUCACUCCAUGCAAAGAAUCAACCACUUUUUCUAAUUUAAUAAGUUCAAAUUUCAAUAUAGUAUCGUGUUUUAUAGCUUCAUUAUGAGUACUACUAUUCUCUCGAUGUGAUGUUCUUGUUAACUUAAUAUUUCAAUUUAAUUUUUAAAUAGAUUUUUAUCAUGUUUUAUCCAAUUUUUUAAAUGGCUUUAAUUUGAGUUAUUCUCCAGUGUGGAUGCCUCGGCGGUGGCAUUUUUCCUCAAAUCUUCAGUGCCAUGCCAUACUUAAUUUUUGCUCUGUUAUUGUCAAUAGAAUAGGAUAGAAAGUACUUUAUUGAUCCCUGGGGGAAAUUCAGCACCAUAGUUCGCUCACAAUAGACAAUAAUAAUAAUAAAGAUAAUAUAUUAUAUAUAUAAUAUAAUAGGUGUGUGCAUGCGUGCGUUUUCUUUUCUUUUUUACAGCACUUUGUAUUUGCCACUUGCCUGUGUAUAAAAAGUGCUUUAUAAAUAAAAUUUGAAGCAAACUUGAUACUGUUACCUGAUUGGCUGUUAGCGCGUCACUUCCUGCGUUGCUGGGUUACCAGAGAGCGAGUGCCUUCGUUCAUGCAACCCACCUUAUAAUUGAACAUGUUAUGGAAAUUUUAAGUCAUUCUGAUGGGGGAAAAAAAAAACAAAAAAAAAACCCGAGAA